AUGAAUACCAGCCAGACUGCUGCCGAAUCUACGAGCACAAGAGGGAGAGGGAGAGGACCCGACGGUCGCUCUGAGGUUCCAUCGCAUGCGCUUGGAAGAACCGAAGGAGAAGGUUUAUACGCCGGACCAACAACGCUGGCUGCGCAUCUCAUGUCUAGUGGGACCACAUAUAGCCUACAUGAUGGUGUAAGAUCGAAUACAACGCAACGAUCGCGCUCAUCUGGGGCACGCGCUUAUGAUGCAGAUUCAGAUCUCCUGAAGGAACUUCCGCAUCUUAGCGUCGUCGAUGGCCUCAUAGACUAUUACUUCGACUACUGCUCCUGGCUAUUCAAGCACAUUGACAGUGUUGCCUUUGCGGCUCGCUGGCAAGAGUACAAAGCUUCGCCAUCAUCAAACUACAGCCGUCUCUUGCUUGCUAUGGAGGCCAUCAUCUGUGCAAUUGCUAUACACUAUCUACCUCCUCAACAUGAGCUCGCAAGAAGCCUGGACUUGUUUCUAUCCGGCGAUGAACUAGGUCGCCGUGGCAGCCUAUCAAGAGAGCCCAGAAAUGAUCGGAGCGGCCUGCUCACGAGUAGUCGGUCGGACGAACUCGGCGUGCGGUGGUAUAACGUCUGUCGUGCGGCUCUCGCGCGUGAGCAGGCGGAGAGACGGACCUACAGCCUUGACGUUGUCGAGACACUGCUCGCUCGGAGCCACUUCCUGACAUUGACAAAGAUCGACACUGAGGAAAUCUGGGCUGUGCGCGGCGAACUCGUUACCAUCGCAACAGCUAUGGGUUUACAUCGCGAUCCAGGGUCAAAGAUGCCCCCAUACGUCGCCGAGCGAAGGCGAUGGGCGUGGUGGCAUAUCAUGACAAUGGAACGCUGGCAAUGCUUCAUGCAGGGACGACCGCUGGCUAUCUCGCCCGAUCACUACGAUACAAAGUUCCCCAGUGCGGGUCCAACACCAUUGCCGUGCUCGAGACACUUCAGCACUCGAUUAUCCCACCCCAGUCCGAGCCAGAUCGACACUUCGCCUCCUUCGCCUCCUGCCGUACUUCGUACACCAGAAUCCAUCGCAUCGCCGAGCUCGAUCGGAGGUCCACAAAGCGACGGGCCGGCUCCAGAUGAAAGCAUUUCCGAUGUCGAGGAGCGCGAAGAGCCUAGUACACGUACCUACGAGGCGCAUACUGCACUCUUCCGCUUGGCAUCCAUCCUAGGCGACAUCAUGAUGGAUGCCGUGCGACUUACACCCGUCAACUAUGAUCGAGUGAUCAGGCACGACAACGCGCUCGCGGACUGGUUAGAAACGCUGCCCGAUGGUCUCAAGAUUGCACCCUCGCAGAUCGCACAGGAUCUAUGCAGCUUCGUCACCGGAUCCCGAAGACAGGCCACACAGGCUCUCUUUCUCCGGAUGUCCACUCUACACAUCCGGUUCACUCUGCAUCGACCAUAUGCGACCCAGGUUGUCGGGUUAUCGCGGCCCGGCGCGCAUGGAGGAGAGACACCGGCCGGUCAGGGCAAAGACGAACGAGAGUUCUCUCUCAUGGUUGCACUUCAGGCAGCAAAAGAGUUGAUUGACCUAGUGGCUGUUGCUGCGCCUGGGGAUGCUCUUGCUAUUCCUGGUCAUCUCAACUGGGCCCCGGUGCACCUCUUCAGCGCCACCAUGUUUCUCAUCUUCACCAUCGUCAACUCUCCCGCGAGCCCCAAUGCCUCCCCUCAGCCCAUGGACAUCGACCGCGACGUUCGUCCGCUGCUCUUCAGCGCGCAUGCACGUAUCCCGCACAUCGAGCGCGCGAUGAACACUCUUCGUCGUGUCGCCUUCCUACCCACUGCGAACAAAGCACUUGACGUGCUUGAAGCUCUCGCGCCGUUUUAUCACAUCGACUACAUCAACGCCAGUGCUGCUGAGAGGGAGAGGAUCAAGCACGACGUACUACCGCGGGUUCAGAGCAUGGGGCUGCCGUAUCAUGAAGGUGGUACGUUGAGCGUUGUUGGCGGUUCGGAUGGGGGGCGGGAUGAUGGACGCGCUGAACUACCCCGACCGCGCGUGGGAUCUUCUGCUUCGCCACAGACGCUUCCGCCAUUGAGCUCCCUUUCGCUCCACUCUGACUAUCCACCUCCCGGCGAUGGACGUGGCGGAGGGAUGCGCAGGAUUCCAACACCUGGUGUCACCCCUCCACCGAGCUGGACCAACUCUCAUGCCCGCGAGUACAUGGCACGCGCGGGAGAGUCAAGUGAUUGGCGCGCGGACCCAUCAAGAAGCGGACAAGAAGAGGCGUGGAAUGAGAAUUAUCCGAGCCAUGACUGGGGCCCGAAUGUUGCGCAAUCUUCAUCGGCUUCGGGAAGCCAUACUGCGUAUCCUUCGACCAGCGCACCAAGAUUCCCACCUCAGAAUACUGGGUAUUGGGACACAUCACGGCCGCCCUCUCAGACCGCUUCGGCUUUCCCGCACGACGUCGGCGAUCCUCCUGCAGCCGCGCAAAAGUUACCCGCUCUCACUUGGACCCAGCCGAUCGUUGGUAGUAACCCCGCCGCUCAAGGACCGCCGUUCGAAUGGGCUCCAAAUGCUCAAGCGGGCUCGUACAGCCACCUCCGCACAAGCCCAUCCAACGAUGCCGGUGUUGCAAGUGUUCCGUAUCCAGGCGGUCAGCAGCCGGCCUGGUCGUUCGAUCUACCACAGAUGAACGGCGGCAACGUGUGGCCGCCUCAGCAAACGCAAGCAACCGGAUGGGUACCCUCUGCUGCGGACGACUCGACGCCAGCCCAGAGUGGCGGGUUCGGCCACGAGAUGCCCGGUCUGAGCGGCAUGCGGUCGUUCUCCGGAUUCGGGUUCUCUGACGCUGAGAUGCAGCUUAUGCUCGGAGACCAAGUGACCCCGACUGGAAGCGGAUAUGCUCCUACUGUGACUCAAAACGGUUAUACUGCAUAG